AUGUUGACGCACAAGAAAAAGUCGAUAACAAGCCUGCAGCAGAUCUAUGAUUCAAUAAUGGGUAGCUUCUUUGGCAGAGUCAUUUUCGGACCAACGCCCCAGGUCAAGCAAGAGCUGGAGCCAUCUGACCAACUCGCUGGACCAGGAAGGUGUGUUGCUUUUGAUUGGGGCUUGGUGCGUUUGAUCGGAAAGUGUGAAGGGGACGAUGCUCAUGUCCAUCUUGCCGCCUUAAGGCUUGCGGUGUUUCGCCUUGUCGAGGCAGGGUUGGAAACAAAGCCUGGGAUAUACGAGGCACCUUCUACAGGUCUCCUGCAUGAGCUUCAAUUGGCAAGCAAGACUGGGGUAACCCUUUCUGGUCCCUUAUCGACGCCUGAUGUCAGGAUACAGUUUGAAGAACAGUUGAGAAAUGCGGGUGACCCAGACACAUGCGCGACCAUCGUGUGGAAAGAAGGAAAUUAUACUGUAGCAGAGUUUAUGUCGAAAAAGAUCACAGGUGGGUCUUGCACAUUCACUCUCGUUUAA